UCUUAUGCCAUCUGCCCAAAUGCUGGGUCUUCACUCCUAUCCCCCCGUUCCCCAUUAAACUCCCUCACCAGACCAUCCCUGCCACAGUCACCAUACUCAUCAUGUCAAGCCGAAGGAAGUCGUCCAACCCCUGUGUGCUCCGUGCAACCAGUUUCACUGCAGAAGACUCAGUGGAAACGGAUGUUUCAGCAAAGACCGUGUUGGGCAGAUAUUCACCUGUGCCGCUCACAGCAGACGAAAACUGCACAUCACUGAAUGAUAUGGAAGAGGAGCAGUCCGAGGGGGGUUCUGCAUCGGAGCAGAACUUUAGAGAUCAUGAGUCUGAAGGUCCAGUCAGUACACUCUACCUUUGUACCAUCUGCGAUUUCAGUACCAACAAGUCUGACUCCCUCUCAUGUCAUAAUAAAGUUCAACACCCAGGUGAGAGCCAUUUUAAGGUCAGGCAUAUCAAUCUGGAUAGCCAAAGUAUCUUGGAGCAAACCAUUGAGAGUGAGAAUGAAGGAUCCCUUCCAGACAUCAUAUACGACUCCGGACUGUUUGGAGACUCCAGCAAUCCAGAAGAUGAAGAAACUGGAAAGACACCAAUGGAAAACAGCAGCAUUUUGGAGAAAGGACUGGAUGUGGAGAAGGAGCUGGACAGUCCAGUGCUGAAGGAUGAGAUCAGAGCUGUGAGGGUAAAUGGUACAAUCAUUAUUCCAGAGCCUACGAGUCACGUAACACCUCUGCUACAGCGACCUCCCAAUCUCAGCACCUCUCCAACAAUCGCAGUUCCUAUUCACACCAACAAGUACAACCCCAUAUUGGACAGCAAUGUCAGCCUGAUCACAUCAUUUAGCCGAUUCCCAUAUCCGACCCACGCAGAGCUCUCCUGGCUCACUGCUGCUUCCAGGCACCCUGAGGACCAGAUCAAGGUAUGGUUCACCACUCAGCGACUGAAGCAGGGCAUCACCUGGUCCCCUGAAGAAGUGGAAGAAGCCCGUAAGAAGAUGUUCAAUGGCAGCAUAGCACCUGCACACCAGAUCUGUAAAAUCUGGCCUGCACCAUUUGGAGGACCACUCAACCCUUGUCAAGCUACUUGUCAUGGAUUUGGGCAGACCAGCCUUGCAUCAAACAUCACAACUGAUAGAUCGCCUACUACUUGUACGCCUGGCAUUGCUACAGCAGUCUGUCAGGCACAGACGCUUAAGCGCACUCUAGGAACUCCACUCUUGGCUUCAGAAGUCAAACGCCCAACCGGAGACCCCAAAGAGAGUCUGCGCAUGCCCCCUCCACCAGCUCCACCUUCAGAAAGACUCGCUAUCGCUUCUUCUUCUGGGCUUUCAGAGACUAGAACAUCUAGCCCUGAUUCUUUGGUGGCCUCAGACAUGAAGAGACCUGUUGCUGCACAUUUUGUCCCACCUAAAGGGAACCCCCCAAUGGCUCAAUCUAAAGAGAAGAUACCUGUGGCAUUUCCUUCAGAGCUGCCCAAAGAAAGACUCCCUUUGUCACCCAUAGUGUCCACCAAUCUCAAAAGAUCUGUAAUUGAUCAGCAAAUGAGAAAUCAUACUUCACCCUCUUCGUUUGUUGCUAAAAACAAGUUUGGUAAUGGUAUAACCAUGACCUUGGCACCAGCUGUGGCGACCCCACAAGAGAGUAAGCCAAUGAUCAUGCAGACUCCAUCGGCCGUGCCUCUGUCCUCGUCCCCGACACCAGUCCUUCAGUGUAAAUCUAUAGAGCCAUCAGCUGCUCCAGCAUUCACAGGCUUCAGUAGUCCGAAUGGCAAAGAAAUGCUCCAUGGGGAUGCUAAGCAUUGGUAUUUCGAUCAAACUACAAAUUCCCAGAAUGAUUCCCUGAACUCACGUGUUGAAUUUGCUCUGAGGGAGCGUUCAGUUCCCACUCAGUUUCCUCUGCUAGAGAGAGUGAAGGACAAGAGUCCUGGACAAAUGAAGCUUCUAGAGGAGAGUUUUCAGAGGAACAGUUUCCCGUCCUAUAAUGAGGUCGAACAGCUCGUGAUCACCACUAGAAUGGCCAGAGAGGAAAUCGAAAGCUGGUUCUUGGAGCGCAGAGCACUUCGAGAUGAUUUGGAACAAGCCCUGCUAAACUCCAUGGGCUCUAAACGGGAGUCCCAGCAGACUCUCCUCAAUGGAGCUCCGAGACGUUCUGGCAACCUUUCCUUCAGCCCCGUGCCUCAAGUCAGCAAGUCUGCGAACCUUCUCAAAAAUGUCUUUGUCCAGAACCGAUGGCCUUCGCCCAUAGAGUUCAGGCAUCUGGAGAUGCAGGCGCGGUUGGCUCGCACAGAACUUGUCCGCUGGUUCAGAGAUAGUCGGCUACCUCAGCAGGGCCGCGUCCUAGACCGGAAGGAGAUGUUUGGAGAGCGGAACGUCGCAACAAAACGACCGCUGAGAGAAGAGAACACCAAACCCAGCAGCCCAGAGAUCGAAAACUGGUUUGGCAACACGGGGAGCAACGGGGAGCGGAUUGGUGAGGGCAGAGAGGACUGUGAAGGGAACACAUGUGAGCUGUUCUCAGACACAGAUUAGAAGAUGGAAGGUGAGAAGCGGCGCUCAUCGAAGCGCUUUAGGAACCACUGAUGUCACUUCUGCUCUCGUUCUGCGUGGCACAAAGGCGUCAGACUGGAGCAUUGUGGGAAUGUUGUUGUAAUGUUGUGUGUAUGUUUCAAACGCACUGAGGAAACGUGUGUGUGCGCUGGAGUCGCUGCGCAUCUGUACCUGCAAACGUACCUGUACUGCAGAUAUGCUGCAGAUCUGUACAUUUUAAUGGCAUAUUUUGUUACAUUUUAUAAUGGGAACAAGUUUUGGCUGUUUUUUAGUGGACAUUUCCUAACCGUCUGUGGAAGGAGAUGCCAGGAAGCUUCUCUGGACACAUGACCGGCGACAGCCCAUAAUAUGAUUCUUCUAUACAGACGGGACUCUUUAUUGACAGAACACACUGUUGAUUACGCUCACAGAUGGAGUCAUGAUUCUCUCUUCUGCUGGUAAACACACACAUCAGCGCUGAUGUUUAAGCUGGUUUGUUUGCAAUCUACACACACAAACGCUCGCUCGUAAUGAACUGUUUCUCUGCUGUAUCUGCAUCUGUCUGAAACGCUCACGCUCUCUUCACACACAGACCGCCGCUGGAAUCCAAUAAAAUGCAGCCAGAUUUAUGCUGUUUGUUUGAGAUGCCAUUGCUGUAUGAUAGGCCAUAUGAAGCUUGUUUCCCUUCGUUUUGCUCCAUAGAUUCUCUUCAGACUCGUAAUAGCAGAUCAUGAUGAAUCUGAGCGACGGAAAUGUCUCGCAGACGCCUCGAGGCCAAAAACACCCAACACACGCACAGACUUUGGGAUAUUUCUCAUUACUGUGUGCUGUGGCGUAAACAUUCCCCACAUUUAGAAGUCGAGUGAACUAACACUUUAAUCCUUCCUGCUGAUUGUUUUUGCUUUUAGGCAGUUUUGGGUCACGACUGAGACGGAACUGAGAUUUCACACGUUACAUCACAAAUACAGAGGAUUAUGUAAUGUGUGUUUCAUAAUGUUGGACAAACGCAUGAUCUGUUCUUCAGAGAGGUCAGAGUCUGGAGGAUUGUGGGUAGUGUAGUACUUCAGCUCAGUUUGGUUUAAUGUGAAAAUCAACUUCUCUGUGGUGAGAAACUGGUAUUUUGACCUGUUGUGCUUAGUUCAGAGAGAAACACAGAACCGCUGGGUCGAGGAUGAGGAACGCUGGAAGG